AUGACAGAGCAAUUUCCUGAGGUUUUCCAAGACGGAGUCGAACUGUGCACCCGUGUUCAAGCCUCAUUGCAACUGGUACCUGACGCUCAACCAGUAUUCCGCCACACGCAGGACUUUAGUCAAGCGGAUGGUUUAUCACGACUUCCACAAAACCAGACGUCCACCCCAGAAUACAUGGUGAUUUCAGCUAUCACAUCCGACGCUGAUACACGUCGGGCACUGAACGACGCUAUCAGGGGAACUCCUGUUACUGUAGAGGACAUCAAGCAUGCCUCGGCAAAUGCCCCCAAUGUUCAAUCCGCUAUGUCAUGGACUGUAUAUGGCUGGCCACCUACAAUGACCUCCAACAAGCUGAAACAGUUUCAUAUGCGACGUGCAUCCCUAUCUUUGGUUGACUCAUGCCUCAUGUUCGCCAAUCGUGUUGUCAUUCCAUCGUCAUUAAGUUCACGACUACUCCACCAAUUUCAUGCGACCCACCUCGGCAUCAGCAGGAUGAAGUGCCAACAGGCGGCCAAAUUUCCAGCAAAAGAACAACCGAUUGCGUGGCCAGCACCUACAGGUCCAUGGGAUCGCCGCGUUCUCGCCAAACAUGACCUACCGGAAGUGAUCGUUUUGAACAAUGGCACCCAAUUCACCUCGACUGUUUUCCGGGAUUUCUGCCAACGACGGCACAUCCAACACAUUCGGAUUCCACCGUAG